AUGCAUGCUCGUCUCCUCACGGCUAUUAGCAGUAUUUUUGCCCUCUCUGCCCAGGGCGUACUUGCGGCCAAGCUUCCUCAGGCCACCUUCACCGUGGACGUCGAGGAGCCCGUCGCAACUUUCACGUCUGCCGAGGACGAGUAUGCGGCUCGCGGCUUUGCCGUCGUCCAGGCCAGCUUCAGCGGACCCUGGGGCAUCAACGGCGAGACCUUGACCCUCAACGGCACGAUCGAAGAGGUCGUCGCCCAGGUCGAGGCCAUCAACCCCAACUUUGAUUGGAAUGCCGGCGUCCAGGUCAACCGAGGCAACGGCUUCCGGGAUCGCGUUGUCGCUAGGAAGGACUGCAACGUCCCCAACGGCCGGGCCUCUCGUACUCCCAUCCUCGACGGAGUCAAGUACCUCUACACGAAGCCUAAGGACCACGCUCGCCUCCAGGUCAGGACUUGCUCUCGCGUUAGCUGUUCAUACAACGCUGCCAUUUACAUGUGCUGGGACCCGGUCCCUGGUGCUCCGGAUGUUUACGAGCAGCCUUGGAGCUACGUGGCUGACUACGCCGAGGGCAUCGCGACGGACUGGUGUCCCGUCGAGUAUAGAAAGAACAAGGGAUAUUGGGUUGGCGGCAAGGCUUGGGAUCCCGUUGGUCUUGGUGUUGACGUUCGCCUUGAUAAGUGCUGA